AACAUUCAAAAACGAAAACGAAGAGGAGAAAAACAAAUAGAAGUGAAAUUGGAGUCUGAAAAGUAAAGAAUACAAUGCUUAAGAGACUUACGUGCCUUUCGGCACUUGCGGCCCUCGUUCCGCUCAGUGUAGCCGCUCUCUGGCCCCUCCCGCGCAACUUUACCUCGGGCAACGCUCCUCUCCUUCUUGCGAGCAACUUCUCUAUCAAUGCCUCGUUUGAGAAGCCGGCCGACUUUAGAGAUGCCUGCGAUCGUACGAUGCUCUAUCUGCACAACGACAAGCUCCAACCGCUUAACGUUGACCGCGGAGCCUCCCUCGCCGGAAACAUGUCAUCCUCACCACAACUUACCUCGCUUCAGCUCUACCUUACUGAUGCAAGUAAUGUGACCACGAUUAGCGAGGAGGUUGUGAAACCACCUAAGGAACGCGAUGAGAGUUAUAGUUUGAAUAUUCCUGCUGAAGGAGGCGAGGCGAAGUUGACUGCGAACACUACGCUGGGGUUAUUUAGAGGGUUGACUACGUUUGGUCAGCUUUGGUAUACUGUGGAUAAUACGACUUUUGCUAUUGGUGCGCCUUGGCAGAUUACUGACAGUCCGGCUUUCCCGUAUAGAGGGUUCAUGCUCGAUACUGCUCGUAACUACUUCCCAGUAGAUGAUAUUAAUCGCCUGCUCGAUACCAUGAGCUGGGUCAAAUUGAACCAGUUCCACUGGCAUAUCGUCGAUUCGCAAUCAUUCCCGCUCAAACUCCCCAACUUCCCAGAGAUCGCUAAAGCAGGCGCGUACUCAAACGACUCGAUCUACACAGCAGGAGAUGUAUCCAAAGUCGUUGCGUUCGCUGCUUCGCGCGGUAUUGACGUUCUCGUCGAGGUCGAUACUCCCGGACAUACCUCUGCGAUAUCGGCUUCUCACCCGGAACACGUAGCGUGUGCGGGUAAGACUCCCUGGGCUACCUACGCUAACGAGCCUCCUGCGGGUCAAUUACGUAUCGCUUCAGACGAUACUGCGAACUUCACUGCGAGCUUGUUGGCAGAUGUAGCGAAUUUGUUCCCGUCGAGUUUGUUUAGCACGGGAGGAGAUGAGAUUAACGCGAACUGUUAUCAGAAUGAUGAGGAGACGCAGCAGAGUUUGAGUUCGAGUGGGAAGACUAUUGAGCAGGCGCUUGAUGGGUUUACGAACGUUACGCAUAAGGCUGUUAGGGAUGCUGGGAAGACGCCUGUUGUUUGGGAGGAGAUGGUUUUGCAGCAUAACGUGACGCUUGAAAAUGACACAGUCGUCAUGGUCUGGAUCUCAUCGGACGACGUCAAAGCCGUUGCAGAGAAAGGCUUCCAGAUCGUACACGCUGCAUCAGAUUACUUCUACCUUGACUGUGGUGCAGGCGGUUGGGUCGGUGCGAACCCCGCAGGAAACUCCUGGUGCGACCCCUUCAAAACCUGGCAAAAAUCCUACUCCUUCGACCCAUACGGUAACCUCACAUCGGACCAAUAUCCUCUCGUCCUCGGUGGAGAGUCUCUCCUCUGGACCGAACAAUCCUCCCCGGAGAACAUGGAUUCGAUCAUUUGGCCACGUGCAGCGUCAGCUGCAGAGGUAUUCUGGACCGGUGACCAGCUACCAGGCGGGGUGAACCGCACGAGUUUGCAAGGAGUGCAGAGUGCGUUGCCGAGAUUGCAUGAUUGGAGUUUUAGAACACGGGCGAGAGGUACGAAGACGAUUAGUCUUCAACCACUUUGGUGUGCGCUUAGGCCUGGGGUGUGCGAUUUGACGGCGUAAGACUGGUUUAUAGAGGUGUGAGAGGGAAGACUUGAGAGUUUGUUUGCGUUACUCGACUUUGGUUUUGGAUUCCGGAGUCGAAGUUAUUUAAUAACGUUCUUUAUUUGUUAUGUUUCCUUUGCUCUGUUCACUUUGCUUAUCUAUCUACUGGAGGCCUGGAGUACAUCUUUCCCUUCCUUUUGUUUUUCUUUUCUUUUCCUAACUAAUAGAUAUUAAUAUUGCAUUACAUUGCUUGCUUGAUGCUUUGUUACAAUGACGUUCGUUACCUACUUGUUACCCUGGAUGAAUACC